UCGACGUUGUCGUCUGUCACUGAUCAGCUGAUCGGGCGCGCCAAAGCUGUCAGUUCGCGCCAAAACCUCCGCCCGUCACCACUGCCAUCAUGACAGUCUUGCUACAUUCUGCUUUGGGCGCCGUCCUCGUACUUCUGGCGUUCGUACAGACAGGAGAGGCCAUCAAGUGCUAUGAGUGCAACAGCUACAACGACACAAGAUGUGCUAUGGAGAAGCCGCCCGUCGAGCUGGAGAAGGACUGUGUGACCAAAGACACGGAGAAGAUCAAGCACACAAUGUGCCGCAAGAUUGUGCAGACGAUCGAGUUUGAGGUGAACGGACUCCAGCCUGACUCCAGGGUGAUCCGCAGCUGCGGCUGGGACGAGUCUAGCUACAAGGGUCGCUGCUACCAGAGGUCCGGCUUCGGAGGACGCCAAGAGGUGUGUUCUUGCACGUCAGAUCUGUGUAACGCCGCGGGCGCCCCUUCCAGCGCCCUGGCCGCCAUCGUCGCAUCCCUCGGGCUCGCCCUGGCUAGCUACACUUUAUAGCAUCUCGUCUCUCCUGCCAUCCCCUACAGUACUCUACCCAUUGUACAUUAGCCAUUAUUUAUGUGACUGUCCGUCUUAUUUGUGUCGUUUUAAAUAAAGUGUUGUUUUUCUA